AUGACUGAUGUCGUUGCUGUUCUUCAUGAAGAAGAAGAAGAAGAAGAAGAAGAAGAAGAAGAAGAAGAAGAAGAAGAAGAAGAAGAAGAAGAAGAAGAAGAAGAAGAAGAAGAAGAAGAAGAAGAAGAAGAAGAAGAAGAAGAAGAAGAAGAAGAAGAAGAAGAAGAAGAAGAACAACAACAAAAACAAAAACAAAAAAUAGACUGGAAAAAACCUAUUCUUCUUCUGUAA